AAGUAUCUCAUUUUGUUAAUUGGACUGACGCAAGUCAAAAGCAUCUUCUGAGCAGCGUUAGAGACAAGUGCAAUGGUCAAAAUAAUUGCCUGUUUUAUGAUGACAUGCUAACUGGAAUAAACACAAACUGCGAUGGAAAUUCUGAAAAACCAGAGAAACUCGAAAUAAUAUACACCUGUUACCCAAUCAUUCCAAAUGGCCAAAGUACUUUUGAUAUGGCAGCAAACUUUAAAAUAACAAAGCCCCUCAAGUUAAAUGACAUGUUUUACUUGACACUAAAUCCGCUUAAGAAAACAAUUGCUACCGUUUGUCUUGUGGAAUCUGAUUAUUUGAACGUCCAAGUUGACGUACUAAGUAAUAACGAUUCUCCAAAAAUCUCAUGUUGUCAAGAACAAACCCAAACAAAAUAUAAUGCGGAACAUAUUUCUAGCAUUCAGUGUUACCAUUCUAAAACGAUGAGGUUUAGUUUAUCAACUGACAGUUUUACUUUUAUCAAGAUUACAGUCAGAAAAAGCGGGAAUAUAUCUCUUUCUUGUGCCAGAGGUGAAAAAGACAUCACAACCACGGAGGCUACUAUAACGGAUGUAGAAGCCGAAAGUAAUCCUACUACAAUAAUUAUAACAAGUACUUCUAAACCCACGUUUGCAACAACGAAAACAAACGUUUGGUCUACAUGGACUACUGAAAAAGGUUUGACUUCUGAUACGACAAAGAGUCGGUCAAGCGAUAGUGUGAAAGGUGACGACGAGGAAGAGAAAAGCUCCAAAAUUGCUUUGAUUUGUGCCGUGUCUGCUGGUGCUGUUUUUGUAAUUAUUAUAAUCGUCAUAAGUGCCGUCUGCGUACGAAAGCGUUGCACUAAUCGUCAAAGUACCUUACCAGCUAUAAUACCACCUAAAGCUCAUUACAAAAGUGAAGACGAGUACGCAAUUAUCGAUGCUACAAGUUCAUACGAAAACGCAAACUCUAAUGAACUGUCUGGACCAACCACCACUGUACCUCUCCGAGAUAACACCAACGCUGAUGAAGACAGCGAUGCGUUUGAUGAUUACAGUACAAUACCCAAAACCGACGAACAAUAUACAGAGAUAUCGAGUAUUCCAGGUGCUUUUGCGGGAACCGCUGAAUCAGAAGGGAAAACCAAAUCAAUGAGAAAAGGUUCCAAUUCGGUGUCUUGUUCACAACAACCAAGUCUCCAGCCAACAGCGGAUGCGCCGUCUGCUGUGUAUAGUACACCAAAUAAGCUCAAGAAAAACAUCCAAGCUCCUAAUCCAGCUUCUGACCCACCUCCAGCUGCUGACUCAGCUUCUGGCCCGGCUCCUGAGUCGAAUGACGUGUACUCACACUUGUCUCACUAUAUACAGAACAAGCCAGAGACAGAUAAUGUUUACAAUGGGUAG